UAUAUGUAAACGCUGGUCUGUUGACGCUGUCGUUUCAGCAAGGUAAUGUGCAUAUUUUCAUGUACGGUUGCAUUCACACUGAAGAGCCCCGUCCUAUGGAGGGUUGGAUUUGCGUGAGUGGGGCUGGAUCUAGCGCAGGCAGCCUCGGUGCGGUGAUAGAGCUCGCAGAGCGGCUGUGCGGAAGUUCUUUCAUCCGUGUAGCAGAAGGGGCUUCGCCCUCGCGAUUAUUCUCGACUCAACUUCAUGCUUAGAUAAAGGCAGAAAAGGUGGAACUUCUGAACCAGUGCUCCGCAACUUGACUUUUUGUUCAUUAAUUGGCAGCACCCAUUGUUUUCGGGUGAUGGCGAGGCCAAGUCACAGUGAGCAUGUCCUGCAGCAGCUCAACAACCAGCGUGAAUGGGGUUUCCUUUGUGACUGUUGUAUCACCAUUGGUGAUACAUACUUCAGGGCCCACAAAGCCGUGCUGGCUGCCUGUAGCUCCUACUUCAGGAUGCUGUUUAUCCGGGACCAGCAGGCCACAGCUCGUUUAGACCUCAGCAACAUGCAGAUCAGUGCAGAAUGCUUUGACCUCAUCUUGCAGCUCAUGUACCUUGGCCGCAUCAUGGUGGGUCAUUAUGAGUUUGAGGAGCUCAAGGCCUCCAUGGCUUACCUGCAGAUGUAUUACAUCCCAGACUCGCUGGAGGAUCUGCGGGACAUCAGAACCUCGAACCUGACCCCAUCAUCUUGCGCCUCAUCUUCGUCGUCCUCAAGCUCAUCCUCAUCAGCAAGCGUGGCGGCAGGGAAGAUGAUAUUUGGUGUUCGUAUGUUUGACCAGAACAACAAACCCAGUGCAACAGAGCCUGAGCUCCCAUCCAAGGUUCCUGCCGUCACCACCAGACAAAGCCUGAACGUGUCCACCGUCAGGCCAGUGGAAGAUGUGGUUCCACCUCUGCCUCCACUGCCUUCUGACAGUAGUGUGAAUGAGCAACCAUGCGACCUGCGGAAGAGGGGUUCCGGCAGGAGCUCCACCCUGAAGGAGCGACCUCGAUUUGGGCGCACCUACACCUGUGACGACUGCGGUUUUGUGUUCAGCUGUGAGAAGCUGCUUAUUGAGCAUAUUCUUACCUGUACCAACCGCAAAGCCUUUCAGCCUCCCAGGGUCAAUAGUGAGGUGGAUAAUGACUCCAGCAAAGCAGAGAGCUCAGCCUCAGAAGGACCAGAGGAACACAGAGUGAUGUGCAAAGGAGAGGAUGACUGGCCAGACCAAAAGUCUGAUUCAGAAACUGUGAUCAGGUCUGUGGGAACGGGGACAGACAACGAGGCUAUCCCCAGCCAGAAUGUAACAAUCAAAGUGGAACAAGAUGACGACUCAGAGCCCGAGAUGGCAAGCAUCAGAGUGAUCAAGGUGGGGAAUCAUAGCAUCAAAAGCUGCAGUGUACGCCUCGGAUCUUACAAAGACAUAGCCAGGGACACGAAACGCUUUGACAAAGAAGCAGCUGGUGUUUCCGCUAUGGAAGAAGACACAGAGGGCUCUCUAGUCAGCGGAGAUGAGACUGGUGCUUCAAGUUCAAAGGUCCUCAGGAUUAAGGAAGAGAAACAGGAUGAGGAAUCUUCACCCUGCGAGCUUUGUGGGGCUCUCCUGACAGAGGAGGAACAGUCGGCCCAUUACAUUUCCAACCAUAUGGGCCACAUCUGCGCAUGUGGGAGGUGUGGCCAGGUAUUGAUCAAAGGCCGCCAGCUACAAGAGCACGCCGAGCGCUGUGGUGAGCCCCAAAGUGUUGACCUUGACUCACCUGAGGAAGACUCCCCUCCUCCAGAAGAUGCUCAAGCAAUGGACGAGGGGCUUCUGGAGGGCUACCGUUGCCCUCUCUGUGGCCUUGUGUUCGAGAGCGAGAAUUUGGCGGUGGAGCACACGUUGGUGUGCCCUGAGCAAGAACCUUUUCGUCCCACCCUGCUUGAUGAAGGGGGUGAGCUGGACCACAGACGUAAACACUUCUGUGCCAUUUGCGGGAAGGGAUUCUAUCAGCGGUGCCACUUGCGAGAGCACUACACGGUGCACACCAAGGAGAAACAGUUCACCUGCCAGACAUGCGGCAAGCAGUUCCUUCGUGAGCGGCAACUACGGCUUCACACCGACAUGCACAAGGGCAUGGCGCGCUAUGUGUGCCCAGUCUGUGACCAGGGCACCUUCCUGAAGCACGACCACGUUCGUCAUAUGAUCUCGCACUUGUCAGCAGGUGAGACCAUCUGCCAGGUGUGCUUCCAGAUCUUUCCUAGUGGGGAUCAGCUGGAGAAGCACAUGGAUGUGCACCUGUAUAUUUGUGGCGUUUGUGGCGAGAAGUUCCGUCUCCGCAAGGACAUGCGGAGUCAUUAUAAUUCAAAACACACCAAGAGACAGUGAAUAGCUACCACCAUGUGUGAAUUGUAUUAUACUGACAAAUGAAAAAGAAAAACAAAAGAAAAAAAAGCCAUACUGUAAAUGUGAGAACCAAUCUAUGCACUUAUUUACACCAAAAAUAACCUAUUCAACAUGCACUUUCAAAUGGUAUGCAUAGUCUCAGUGUAUUUGGGUUUUGUGGAGGGAUAUAGUGCCUCAAGCUUACAAAAUGGGUUCAAGGCCUCUUUUUCUACCUAGCAAGUACUGUAUGUGCACGAUUAGAAUGGUGGAAGACAUACUUAUGAGUGUCAAACAGGUCAAACGGAGUAUGUCAAGCACCUUGGGUUUUUUCUAGGUUUUAAAAUGUUGUAAAAACAUGUUAAAUUUGUAUGGUUUUCUUUCCUGGAUAUUCUUUUCCUCUGUGGCCAACAUAUGAGACCUCUGGUAACCUUGAUGUCAUCGUUAAUUCCCUAUUUGGUGCUUGUCUUUUGUAGCAGUAAGGGGUCAUGUGUUGAGACGUCUUUUCUUUUGUUGUGAUGUCAUGGUUAGCUGAACAGGUCAAUUUAGGUACAGGAGGACUCCAGUAAAGUUGCAUUACAAGGUACAGGCACUAAAUGUAAGACACCAAAACACUAGUGUGGUUGAACUUAAGUAGGCCAAACUAUGGAGAAACACUCUACUCUACUGUUCUCCACCAAUUACUAUUUUUCAUAUCCAUUAUAAGCACCAGUAAUGUUGUUUCAACACAAUUUGAAGUUCAUAUUUUAACUAUGCAAGUGUAGAGCAUCACAAAUCAAGCUGUUACAUAUUUGGUCUUUCUCAUUGUUGUUUUCAAAUGUCUUGCUCAAGCAAGUAGUGCUUUACCAGGGAUAGGUUCUGGAACAGCUGCAUCAGUCAUUGUGAUGUAAAAAUGAUCAGGUGAAAUGGUUUAAUAUACAUUUGAUCCCCUAGGCGCACUUUUGAGCAUGUUUGAUUUUUUUUUAAAACAAAAGACAAUCUCAGUUGCCUCUUCUAUGUCUUAACUUUUGAAUGUUUUUCUAAUGCGGGAUAGUAUUACUUGGGAAGUUAUUUUUGGAAUAUUUUAUUUUAAAUCUAUUGUGCUUUUGGUUUUGUUAAGUUUUAAUGAUUGCAAAACAUAUACUGCAGUGUGUCUAUAUUCAGGUCAAUGUUAAACAGCCUGUCUUGUUAUUCAAACUACCAGUGAAAGAGCUGCCAAAUUGAAUACUUUUUAAUCUACAUUUAGUAUUAUUAAGAAGUUAAGGUUUUCAGGCAAACUGCAAGAAUAGGAAAACAGUCAUAUUCUGAAUGCUUCACACAUUCUAAUCAGAUUAGAUGUACAUGCAGGUUUAGGAUAACCCUCAGAUAGUCAGGUGCAGUGGAUUAUUACUGUCAGGAAAAUAUCACAUUCUGUUAUGAUGCUUUUUUUUCAUCAUUACUGUUGGUUCUCUCUUACUGUCUAAAGACUAAACUGUAUUUAAGUACAUACUCUCCAUUGAAGGUAACGGAUCAGAAACGAUGGGCGUGGGCCGCACUAGAUUAGGUUGUUGGAGAUCGGUAGAUAUGUUGGCUCCAAUGCUGUUAAAGUUCAAAUGCAGUGAUGCAGUAUUUAAAAUGUAUUUCUUUCUAUUGGGCUUGACAGCAGUGUUUUUCUGUUCUGAUCUUCACACCCAUAGCUUUACAGCCGCUCCCCACCAUGGGUUCAUUAAUGUUAAUCGUGUUAUUGGUGUCAGCCAAUUCCAUGUACAUAACCUUUUUAAUGUAGGCUGUUCCAAGUUUUUUUCAAGCCAUCCCUGGACAGUUAAGUUCUUGGACAGUUCAAUUCUUGGACUUACCAAACACUUUCAGUCAUUUAUAGAGAACUCAGGGUUGAGCUGUUUCUAUAGGGAGCACCACAAUGACAUAUUUUUAAGUCUUGACUACAGACUGGUGUGUGUGGCUUUCACUGUGUGGCUUAUCAAAACAAUCAGCUUCCAUCUAAAACACAUAGGUUGAGAGAAGAGUUAGGCCAUGCAAGUCCUUAAAACGUAUGAAUCCAUGUGUUUAUUGGAUAUUGUUUAAUUUCACGCUGUUUGUAAGUCAUACUAUGAAAAUAGGCAUAGAUAUUUCUGUUGCCAAGACAAUGUAACAUCCUAUUAUUCUAUCUAAGGUGGUAAAUAGCGUAGACAUACCGUACAGUAGCUGUGUGGAGAGAGUGUAAUUUAACAGGGUGAUUGGACGAUUUGAGAAAUUUCACACAAUUAAGAUGAUGUCUACAUUGCAGUAUAUGUUGAUGUCUUGUUUAAUCAGUCAUUUUCACAUUUUUGCAUCAUGUAACUCCAAAUGGAUAUGGAAUGGAAAGAGUUCUGCAUCAUGAUGGUUGUUAUGGCUCGGGGUCAAGGGUCAUUUGCUCUAACAACAACAAAGAUGUCUGUUAAUGUUUACCUUUUCGAUAAAGCUUUGUUUUUCAAGCUAUAAAAAUAAAGAUACAUGGAUUAUCUUGGAA